AAAACCUGACGAACGAUUUAUGAUCCUCGUGAUUACGAGGAGCGCCUCGUUGUUUGUCAAGUGUCAUUCGACGGAGGGAGAUACGUUCCCUCGUGCCGAGGAAUCGUCAGUGACGCGUUCGUUCCGAGGCGUUAAAGAAAUCUUUUUCUCCCCGAUUCACCGAGGUUAUCCAUCUCCCGACCUCGUUGCGUUUAUUCCUACGCGCUGUCAGUGUGUAUCGAUAGCAACGCGACGACAAUUUGCGCGAGGAAUUCGCCGAGAGCGAAUUCGCAAUUAAUUUUGCUCUCGCGGUGACGUUCCUCUUUCAUGUCACGAACGAGCCGCGUAUUUCUCUCAUGUGAAUAUCGGAACACGCGAUAGGAACGCAAGAGUUAAAAUUAAAUUAAAUUUCCGAAAAUGCGUGUUGCUGUCGUGGGCGCUGGUGUAAUAGGAGUAACAAGCGCAUUUGCGGUGAAAAGCGCUUUUCCGAGCUAUGAAGUUAAAAUCUUCGCUGAUGUAUUCUCACCCGACACCACUGGCGAUGGAAGUGCCGGUUUAUGGGGUCCUUAUCUCCUCAGUGACACACCCGCCGAGGACAUAAUUCGAUGGGCUGACAACACACAUAAGUGGUUCGAGCAAUUGUGGAAAGCUGGAUUAUCUCCGAAAACAGGUGUUUGCCUGUUACCUGUAACUCGUGUCACCAGCGAUUAUCCGAGCGACAUUGAUCCACCAUGGGCAAAAAUUGUCUAUGGCUUCCAAAAACUGAGUAACGAAAGAUUACAACAGUUGAAUAAAGACCACAAGUCUAAUUACAAACAAGGUUGGCACUUCGUAACUUAUACCGCCGAACCGGUUUUAUUACUGCCAUGGCUCAUGGAAAAGUUUGCUGCGUUGGGUGGGAAAAUGGAAAAAAGAAAUAUUAAAAUGCUGCAUCAACUAGCCGACGAAGGGUAUGAUUUAAUAAUAAACUGCAGCGGGCUCGGUGCACGAGAACUCGUCGCGGAUAAGACAAUGAUACCCAUCAGAGGUCAGGUGUACAGGGUAAAGGCAUCUUGGGCGAAGCACUGUUUUCUAGCGGACGACGACGCCUGCAAUUACAUUAUUCCUAAUAUUCACAGCGUCGUGCUGGGUGGCACGCAUCAAGAGGGCGACUUCAAUUGCUCCGCGGAAGAGGAAGAUUCGAAACACAUUUACGACGGAUGCUGCCGCAUAAUGCCAUCUCUGAAGGCGAGUGAAAUAAUGCGCACGUGGGUGGGCCUUCGACCGGGACGAUCGCGAAUUCGUCUGGAGUGCGAGAGCCUCAGCUCGCCCAUGGGAAAAGAGUUCAAGGUGAUACACAAUUACGGCCACGGCGGAAGUGGCGUGACGCUGUGCUGGGGGUGCGCCUUGGACGUCGUGGAGAUGAUAAGAAACUUGAAAGUGCCCGAAUUAAACUCCAAACUGUAACUUCAGGGACAGAAUAAACUUUUUAUCCUUCAUAAA